CCAACAGUAGAUACACCAACUACAUUGGGCUUUGGAGCCAUUGGAAAUACAACUUUGAACCGCACUUUGGUGGUUCUGACCUCAGCUUUGUCUCUUCUUGGGGCCAUAGUCAUUAUUAUAACAUAUUAUGCGUGGAAGGACAUGCAGUCGACCUCAAGAAAAAUUCUUGUCUACAUUUCCGGCGCUGAUUGCGUUGUAGUGUCGAGUUUUAUGUUUGGUGCAUUUUUACCACCAAACACCAACUCUCCUGCCUGCACAGCUCAGAGUUUGCUCUACACUACAGCUAACCUGUGUUCCAUCUUUUGGACCACAUUUAUGGCCGUCUUUUUGUACAUAUCGAUAGCGAGGAAAAAGCCCAAAUUGGCCGACAUAAUGUUCUAUAUGUUUCAUGCUAUUGGAUGGGGCGUGCCUGUGCUAAUUGCAUGCAUAGCGCUGCAAGCAGGCGUGCUCGGAAACGAUCGCGAUAUUUACAGCUCAGCUUGGUGUUGGAUCAAGGUGCAUGACAGUGGCAAAAAUGUUGAGGAUAAUUACAUUAUGUGGAUGCUUGUCACAGGAAAAGCCUGGGAAGUAUUGGUCUUCAUACUUAUUUUAAUUUUCUACGGGCUGCUAAAAUGUCAUCUUCGACAAGAGGUGUACAUAAACGAAAGAAACCCUGUUGCUCGUAGAUCUCUGGAGGCAGCAAAGAGAUUCGACAAAAAACUGACAUUAGUUCCUGUUAUUUUCCUCUGUUUGCGAUCCUGGGGAAUGAUGCGCUUCGCAAUUUACUCGAGUUCAUCUGUGCAUGAAUCAAAACCAGUAAGGAACGUUCAAGAAGUCUUGAUCUAUUUCCAGGGAGUAUUUGAAAGUGCACAGGGCCUCACCAACUUCCUUAUGUUCUGCCUGUUUACCAAGAAAUUCCAAGUGAAUAUGAAGAGAACAAUUCAUAGAUACUGCAACAUAUCGUACUGCCCUGUAGAUCUCGAUAUUCAAAACACGGAUGACAGCCAGAUCGAACCACCUUCAUCAGAAGAGAACGAAAGCUCUUCGAUAUUUGGAACCUCAGAUUUUGGUCCGAAAUAUUCCUAUCAUACCGUGAGUCAAUUAAAUUCUAAGAGCAAUACUUAAAAUGGAAGGAAAAAGGAGGAAGAGUGAACACAAAACAAAAUCUAAAUUUGAAUACACGUUUAAACUUCAUUACUGUUUGCCAUACGUAACAGGAGCGGAUCAAGGGGAGGGAGGAGCAGAGGGUGCGCACUCCCCCCCCCUCCCCCCAAUUCUCCGAGAUGAUCAGUAGCUUUCUAAUAUAACUUCACAGUUAUAACUUCGCAGCAAACUUAACGGCAGAUUCGGUAUAACUUCACAGCUAUACCGAAUCUGCCGUUAAGUUUGCUGCGUAUUCUUAGUGAAUAGUCGUAAGUCUUCUUCGUUGUCGGGUUUUAAAAUUUGUUUUCGUCGCAUGUCAUUUACGUCAUUUUUUAGAGGUGCACCCCCUCCUGAGAACAAUCCUGGAUUCGCCCCAGCGGAAUAGCCGGCGGGCGAGCAAUAUCUGCAGUGAAGGAACUAUCACUUCACUUAACAUAAAUUUCACGAUGAAAAUGCACAGCGAUGUACAUAAUUUAUGAUUAGCGUAAUCAUGCACAUAUUUUAUUGGUUUUUCCUUAUAAUCUAUCAAUGGAAAGACGCAUAGAUGAGGUCACUCUUCACAACGUUUUGCUUAUAAUCAUAUAAAACAUAGAGAUGCUACGUUUCCGUGGGUCUGUAAAGUAAUUCGUCAGAGAUGACGUCAAAAUUCUGAACAUACACACGGUAACAUGGAAUCUAUCUGUGAAGUUAACACUUCGCAAAAUAUCUUAAUUGAAGCAGCCAGGUUUCUUAGCUCAUGUCAGGGUCUUGACGAAGAAACCAUGUCUUGUUUCCUAGAUAAUUAUAUUUCGUCUGAAUAUUAGUAAUUGAAGCAAUAUCUGAUGGUUUUGAAUCCAGAAUGACUUAAUCAUUCGUCGGAAAUUGUCAAUGAUGAAAUGUCUGUAUUUGAACAACAUAUUGCGUAUAAAAAGAAAAAUUUUUAACAAAUUAACUGUCAAUGCCAUGGACAGAUGAUGGUGUGGUUCUCACAAAUAUAAUUAAACACAUAAGCUUAUCGAC